GUUCUAACAGAAGCUCAUUCAUUCAGAGGAGUCUGUUAGAAAAGGGAGUCUCUAGCUGAGCUGGGAUUCACGUUAGCGUACCAACAGCUAUAGCCAUGUUUACAUUGAUCUUUGUUUAUCUGUGUCUUCUGUGUUGUAACUUGCAUGCAGAGACUGAAUGCUUCUCCAAAACCUCAGAGUUUAAAAUGAAAGGAGAUUACCUGCUUGGUGGACUUUUUGGUGUUCAUCAUGUCAGUGCAACUCUCCAUCAGAACAUCCCAGAAGCCAUCAUCUGUUCCAGUCAAGAGUUUUCACUGUCAAGUUACCGGAGGUUUCAGAUGAUGAGAUUCUCUAUAGAGGAAAUCAAUAAUUCUACCAGUCUACUACCCAAUGUGACUCUUGGCUAUGAAAUAUUUGACCACUGCUCAGACACAAAGAAUUUUCCAGGUAUUUUCAGCCUGAUGUCUGUUGAUGGUUCAGUUCAACCUUGGAAAGAAUCUGUAAACUUCUCUAAAGUGAUUGCAGUGGUGGGUACAGGCACAAGCACAGCAACAAUGACUGUUGCACCACUGUUCAUGAUGGACCUCAUUCCGAUGAUUACUUAUGGAGCCUCAAGUUCAGUUUUCUUCAGAAAACAGAAUUUUCCAUCUUUCUUACGAACAGUGCAUCCUAAUAAAGAUGUCAUAGAAAUAAUUUUGAGGUUUUUGGAAAAGUUCAAAUGGACCUGGGUGGCUUUCCUCUACAGUGAUGGUGAUUAUGGAAGAGAUGGCCUGGAUCUGUUUGUGAAAAAGAUAAAGGACACUGAAAUCUGCUUGGCAUUCAGUCAUGGUCUCAAAGAGGACACAGAUUAUCCUAAACUUAUCAAACAGAUGGAACAACACAGGAUAAACGUUAUAAUUGUUUUUACAACUGAGUGGACAGCUGAAAGACUCAUUAUGGCAGCCAUCCAACAAAAUGUUACCAACAAGGUGUGGAUAGCAGCAGAUGCCUGGUCUCUUCACAAAAAGCUCCCUAAAAGACCAGGAAUCAGAAAUAUUGGGACUGUUCUUGGGAUUGCCGAGCCUAAAAUCACAAUCCCGGGAUUUGAUGAUUUUAUUAAUUCCUUCAAAGCUCAAAAUCAGUGUGAAAAUCCAGAGCAGGAUCCAUUUUGUAACCAGAGGUGUAACUGCAGCAGCGUUAGCGCUGAAGAUAUCAUUACAGCAGAUCCCUCUUUUAAUUUUCCUGUUUACUCUGCUGUAUAUGCCGUUGCCCAUGCCUUACAUGCAGUGCUGCAGUGUGGAGCUGGCAGCUGCAACAAGAGCAUCAAACUUUACCCACACAUGGUCCUGGAAGAACUUAGAAAGUCAAAGUUCACACUUUUAAACCAGACAAUUCAGUUUGAUGAUAAUGGUGACCCCAAGUUUGGACCCUAUGCCAUAGUUUUCUGGAAUGAGAGCGGUGAUGCAGAAGAGAUCGGUUCUUAUACAUUUCACCCAAAACAUAACUUUGACAUUAACAAGUCUAAAAUCCAUUGGCACGGAGACAAAGAGCCGGAAUCCUUUUGUUCUAAAGAAUGUCCUGAUGGAUUUAUGAAAAAACAGGAAGGAGUCCACAAAUGCUGCUUCAGUUGUACAAUCUGUCCCAAAGGAACCUACCUGAACACUACAGAUCCUUAUAACUGCAUGAAGUGCAAGGACACAGAGUGGUCUGCAGAGGGGAGUAAAGCAUGCAAGCCACGGCAGCUGGAGUACGUCCAAUUCAGCGAUCCUGCGGCUAUAUGCAUCAUGACUGGGACCGUGAUCUUAUUGGCCUUCAUUGUAGCCAUAUCUGUUCUCUUUGCCCUCAACUACAACACACCGGUUGUCCGAUCUGCUGGAGGUCCAAUGUGCUUCCUAAUUUUAGGAUGCCUCAGCCUGUGCAGCAUCAGUGUCUUCUUUUGUUUUGGAAAACCCACCAUUGUUUUCUGCAUCCUGAGAUACACCCCCUUUUUUUUGUUUGGUUCAGUUUGUCUGGCAUGUCUUGCAGUGCACUCAUUCAAAAUUAUUUGUAUUUUUAAAAUAUUUGCCAAAUUACCAAUUCUACAACGUUAUUGGAGAAAGUAUCACAGAUCCUGGCUUAUCAUCUCUAUUGUCUUUUUCAUUCAGGCUGCCCAACUUAUUUCUGGCACUAUACUUUCCCCCCCAGAGCCGUACCCUGACACAUUUUGGUACUCAGACAAAUAUAUCCUCAGGUGUUAUUUUUUCAAGAACCACAAAGCAUCAUUAAGCUCCUGUGUUUUCUUGUUCAUAUUGUGGCUUAUUACUCUCUUUUUCUCAUAUACAGGAAGAAAUCUUCCCAAAAAUUAUAAUGAAGUCAGAGCAAUAACUUUUUGUAUGCUGCAGCAGAUCCUUAUAUGGAUUUUCUUUGCAACCGGAUACACAAUUCAUCAUGGAAAGUACCUUCAAAUUUUCAGUGCUUUGGCAAUGCUCUUAAGUCUGUACUCUUAUUUAUUUAAUUAUUUUAUUAGCAAAUGUAACAUAAUCAUUUUUAAACCUGAACAAAACACUCAGCAGUACUUCCAAGAUCUUAUUCUGGAUUAUUCUAUGCAGUCAUCUCAGCUUGUAGCACAUCAUUUUUACAGCUGUCUGUGACAGGAAGUAAAUAGUUUAUUUUUAUUAUAAGGAUUUCCAACAAAAUGUUUCUAAGUAGUCAAAAAAGGCUGAAGCAAUCAGGCAACAACAACACAGAAACAUCAUAAUGUCUGCAGACAUAAAAUCGAAGAAAACUAUAAACUCUGUUUCCAGAAGAACGGCUAUAAAUCAGCAGAAGGAAUACCGACCUUGGUCAUUCGACAGAUUAUGGACCCUUUUUUUUAUUUCACACCUUAUUGUAAAAAGAAGUUUAAUCAGUUAUAGAAAAUGGUUAAAUUGAUUGAUCUUAAUGAUAUUACUUUACAUGCUCCAAAAAU